CAGACCCCCUCAAAGGGCAGCAGCACCAUUCCUUCUGAGGAUAGGCGUGUUAUCUGUCCAGAAGGGGUUGCUGUGAGCCUCGCGGCAAGCCCUGAUGCUGCCCGCCGUGGAGACCUGGCCGUGACGCCUUGGCGCCUGUCAUCGGCAUGGAGCCGAGUGCCGGCGCCUGCAAUGGCACCCCCGCAGCCCUCCAGCUGUGCCAGGCGCUGAGCGGCGCCACCCCAGCGAACCAGACAGCUGGGCUCUCGGAGCAGCAGCAGUACGCAGUCGGGCUCUUCCUGUCCUGCCUCUACACCAUCUUCCUCUUCCCCAUCGGCUUUGUGGGCAAUGUGCUCAUCCUGGUCGUGAACAUCAGCUUCCGGGACAGGAUGACGGUGCCUGACCUGUACUUCGUGAACCUGGCGGCCGCCGACCUCACGCUGGUGGCCGACUCGCUGAUCGAGGUGUUCAACCUGCACGAGCGCUACUACGACAUGGCUGCGCUCUGCACCUUCAUGUCGCUCUUCCUGCAGGUCAACAUGUACAGCAGCGUCUUCUUCCUCACGUGGAUGAGCUUCGACCGCUACCUGGCCCUGGCCAGGGCCCUGCGCUGCGGCCCGCUGCGCACCAAGCGCCACGCCAGGCUCAGCUGCGGCCUCAUCUGGAUGGCCUCGCUGUCGGUCACCCUGGUGCCCUUCACCGCCGUCCACCUGCAGCACGGCGGGGACGUGUGCUUCUGCUUCGCGGACGUCAAGGAGAUCCAGUGGCUGGAGGUCACCCUGGGCUUCGUGCUCCCGUUCGCCAUCAUCGGCCUCUGCUACUCGCUCACCGUGCGGGUGCUGGUCCAGGCUCACCGGCACCACCGCCUGCGCCCGCGGAGGCAGAAAGCCCUGCGGAUGAUCGUGGCGGUGGUGCUCGUCUUCUUCAUCUGCUGGCUGCCCGAGAACGUCCUCAUCAGCGUACACCUCCUGCAGCGCACGCCGCCGGGGGCCGCACCCUGCCAGCAGUCCUUCCGGCACGCCUACCCCCUCACUGGCCACAUCGUCAACCUGGCGGCCUUCUCCAACAGCUGCCUGAACCCCCUCAUCUACAGCUUUCUUGGGGAGACCUUCAGGGACAAACUGCGACUGUACCUUGAGCAGAAGACAAACAUGUCGACUCUGAAUCGCUUCUGCCACACUGCCCUGAAGGCAGUCAUUCCCGACAGCACCGAGCAGUCGGACGUGAAGUUGAGCGGUGCGGUGUAGAUGCCUGCGCUGCACCAGCAGAGACUCACAGUACUGGCCCUGGGCGCUGGGGACACAGGCCCAGCCGCAGCACUGCUGGGGCCUCUCCCGGGCGCUGCGGUCACGCUCAGAGCUGUCAGGCACCCCCACCAGCCACCUGGAUCCCCACUGCUCCUACACAGAGCUGUGGCCACCCGCCCACGCUCACGACCACGGGUCACAGACGGACCGGGAGGGCUGGGGACCAGCUUGCCACCCCUGCCCUCUCUGCACAGACUAUCUCACAGCAGAAGACGGUUCUGAUGUUGGCCAACAAAAGCAAAAAGCAAGGGCCAGUCUGGAUGGAGUGUCGUAGUUUCUAGGGAGAUCUACCAUCCUGGGGAGAAACGGAGUCUGGAGACAGGAUACGCUCACGUGAGGUGAACGGGACGUUGUGGCUCACUCCCGGGGCUGUGGUCACAACCGGCCCAGCACGCCGCAAGCGCACCGUGAGUUACAGGGCAAGGACGCGCUGCUCUGCACACCAGGCACCCGUCACCUCUAAGGACAGCACCUCGCCACCACUGGUGAGUCACACGUGGACGUUCGGGCUGCCUGAGUCGUGAAGGCUCUUCUCCAGGGACAGGCCAACUGCCUGCUCCGAGACGCCGGCUGAGAUGCUGUGUUUGUCUCCAACCGUCUCUGUCCCCCGUUAGUGAGGUGUGAGGCCGAGAGGACAGCGCAGUGCAGUAGCGCGCAGUCCAGUUGGCCUCCAUGAAAUAACAGUGGGAACAGUGACGACUAAAAUGCAAAGAAGGAACAGCUAAUGAUUGCUGGCAAUGUUCAGCCUUGGUCAAAUACAGCCAUGCCAGUUCUUCCAGAUGCUCUAAGCAGUUCCCUAGUGGGGACAGGCCUCUCGGAGUGGGGCCAAGCCAGCAGAAUCGCACCUUCCUCACAAAGGAGAAAUGUCCCCUAGCCCAGCAAGCCUCGCUCACAAAGAGAACUCUUAGGAGGCCAACAUGUAAAUCCAGUCACCUGGACGCAACCUGGCACCUCUGGGGUGCCUGACCUCUGUGGCACAGUCCUCUGGCACCAAGAGAACUCCUGCUGCAAACGGAUCACAUGUCCUCGCUUUUCUAGAAGGCUCUGGUUGUCAGCAUGAGCCAUGGUGUCUGCAGUGGCUCAAAGCACUGACACAGCUGCAGGCUGGGGGCCCUCACCCCCUUGCCCCACCUGCACAGCUCGGGGCCACCUCCCCAGAAGUGCAGCUGGAACAGGCUCUGCCCUGAGCGAGGCCUCAAGGGCCCUCCCAUGGGCAGGGCCCCACCCGGGAAUGGGCCACUUUCCGUUUUAACAGUUCUUUCUGUCUGCAAAUCUCCAGGAGAGGAUUCGUCCCCCGCAAGCAUCUGCAUUCCCCAAACUGCGUAAGUGCCGUCUCCAGAGGCUCACAUCCCUCAGUCUCACUUGCGACACACAUAUCCCAAGUCCAAGAGCAGGAGCAGUGUGCUGACAGACCUCUACCAGGAUGGUCUGCACCCCCAGGUCCAUGGCUGUGGGGAGCCACGGGGGGAGGGGGAAGAACACCUCCCUCCCCGAGGCGAGCGUGAGGUGUGGCGGAGCCCAAGCCAGUCCCCAGGAUGACAGCCUUCCCUCGGCCGCGCAGACCCUCCAUCAGCCGCCAGUCUUCACACGGCACCAAGGCCCCGCGUACAGCCCUGGUUUCCUGAACGACGGGGGAGGGCCUCAGGCGCCUCCCCUCGUCCUCUCCCUGCCCCCCGAUGGCAUUCUGCCCGGCAGCACAGGGCCCUGUCAGAGCAGGUGGCCGUGCCCAAGCACUGCGGCCUGAGGACCCCGAUGGAGACAUCUUACACCAUGAGUGCUGGCUCCUAAGUCCCCUGUGGAGGUCAGUGCUGAGCACUCUGUCACAGAACGUGGGUACAGACUGGAGCUCCAGCCUCAAGCACCUAACUACACGCAAGGGGUUCAGCACUCUGAUCCCAGCUGGAAAGGUGGUGAUGGAGACGCUCUGAGAAGAUGCAGAGAUCAGAGGCCAUAAUGAUUGAGUCCCACGGCGGCGCUGGGACACAGACAAUGCAU